CUCCAUGCAAGUUUGAAAGUAAAGUGUACUAACUUUGAUUCAUUUGCCGAUUUCGCAAUGGUAUCUCCAGCAGCAGUAUCUAACAUUUCAGACCAUAUUGCCAAAGGCAACCACACUUUUGCAUUUACACCCGAAGAAAAAAAGGUUAGAGAGCUUCUAAGGCAGGUUAAUUUGGUGAUGUGCCAUGCUCCUGGCUCAUCAGCUUUGAGAGUGAUUAUGAGGAAUGAGAUGAGAGGGUUGAUGAUUGAGCAGGGUUUGCUGAGUUUUUAUGUGACAAUGAUUCCUGCCGAUGUAUACACUCCUAUAGUG